AUGAGACUUCUCAGAAAGCGUGCUCCAGCAAUAAAUCAAAAGAAAAAAACACACGACGCCCUAAUACGUAAACAUGUGAAUGAGUUGAGACUUCUCGGUAAAGUUGUCAAUGCACUUGUUCUCGAGAAACAAAUUAAGAAUAAAGAAGUAAAACGGAGAGAUGUUAUUCUUGAUUUGUUGAAGAUUAGAAAAGAGCUUCGGGAUUCAUUGAAUAAGGAGAAAGUGAGCGAGGCGGGAAAGAAACUUCAGGAAAUCACUUUGGUGGCUGAUAAGUGUAAUGAUAAAAGUGAUGAGUGUGGAAACAUGACACCUGUUCGAGAUACAAUCGGGGACGUGAUGAAGCUGCAAGCACCGAAAUUUGAUUAUGGAGACCAACGUGGUGAUGUUAGCGUAUUUCCAGUGCUGGUCAAGUUUAAAUCGUCUUACGGUAUUAUCAUGUUCAAAGAUGAUAUAUCCAAAAUCUCAAAUACAGUGGAUUCGUUUCUCAAUGGUGCCAUCACAGCAUCUUCUAAUUUAACUUUAAUAAUGGAACAUGUUAAUGUGAUGAUAAACGCGCCAGCAAAAAUGCGAGAACUUGAAAAAAUUGUGAAUCAUAAAUUUAAACCGUCGGAAACGAAACUUCUGAGCGGGGACAUUGUGAGCAAUCAUAUUCAAGUUAUUCUGUUUUUGCGAGGAAUAGAUCAACUUCUCCUCAAACAAGCGAACUUCUCAAUGUCAAAACUGGCAAACUUCCUGAAACAUUUGGCUACCGUGAAAGGGAAGGUAUCCAGAGAAGUGAUAGAUGCAGUUAUAGAAGGCCUUGAAGUUGUGGUAGAUUUAAGUGAACCAAAAAUGAUUUUGAGCACAUCUUUGACACAUGCUUUCUUAAAUGGGCCAGAUGAUCUUCAUCAGUUUCCGCAGGACUUUAAAUCCUCUUUCAUCAAGGAUAUCGUGUUCAAUGGUACUAUCCCUGAAUAUGGAAUUCUUCUCACAGAAUUCGCACAGUUAUAUGGUCUAAGCAAACCUGCCCAUACAGUUUUGCUAUCAAUUCAAGCAAUGAACGUUGCUAAACCGACUGUUAUGUUGCGAAGCCAAUUGGAAUCAGCCAAAAAUGAAAGUGAAGCAUUUGAAGCAAUGGAGAAAUUCAAUGAGUGUAUGAACAGUGUUCAAAAAGUUUCAAAUAAUGCUACCACUCUUCAAGAUCUGCAACAAGAACUGCAAGAUUUGGACACUCUUAAAAAGGAAAAAACUGUUUUUAUCGGCCAGUUCAAUACUGUCGGAGUGAAUUUUGAGCCAUUGUACAAAAUCGAAAAAGCUCUUCUGGAAGGUAAUACUCAAGAUUUGGGUAAAUUGGCCAGCAUUGUUAUCGGUCAUAAGAGUUUGCCGGAGUUUAAAAAAAUUCUUGAUGAAUUGAAACCAAAAGUGGAAGGGUUCGAGAAAAACUUCCCGAAUUUGAAGAAAUGGGUUGAAAACACAAAAGUUGAGGGACUCAAUCAGUCUAAUAUUGCAAAUGACAAGCAAAUACAAUCGACCUAUAAUUGUGUCCAGAACAAAAAAAUGAUGGAAGCUGCAAAGGAAUCUAUUGGAGAUGGUUUUCCACUAAAAGCUAUGUCAAAGUUCAAGACUGGAAAUAUUUUUGUUGUGGAAAGCAUUAAAGCAGUUGAAGAAGCAGGUAGACUCAAAGAUGAACUAAAUAAUAUCGAUUCGGCUGCAUCAGGGAGAUCUGUUCGCGAAGUGAAACAAGAUUCAGAGUUGACACAGAAAAUCAGUAUCGAUUUGAAUGGUGGGUUUGGAGUGGCCAGUUACUUGGUACCGACUAAAGAACUCAAACCAGACUGGGAAAAAUUACGGAUUCAUUGUAAUAACAUGUCGCCUGCACAGCAAAAAGAAAUUGAGCCACUUCGAAAACCUGCUGAGAUAAUUUUCCGAAACGGUGCAAUGAUUGCCGAGAAAGCCCUAGCUGGAAUCGACACAAGAAAUAGGACUUUUCCGGAAUUCCCCGAAGUAUUAAAUAUUUCGAUUGAUUUCGAUGGUACAGCUUAUUUCAACGGACCAGCAUUCAUGAAAAAACUAGAUGAAAUUGGUGCACCGUAUCCAGAUAAAGAGGUUUCCGAACGAUUGAGAAGUCUCCAAUUGGACUUCACAAAUGGAAACUCGUUGAUCAAAGCGACUGCUCAAGCGUUCAGUGUGGUGAUUCCUUUCUUCUUGGCUUUGUCUCCACGUUCCUACUCCUCUCCUACUACUCACAAAACGAUUACGAUGGAAGCAUUUACAGAAGCCAAUGGUUCAAACGUUGGGGCAUACGUCGGUAUGGGAUUCGGUGCAGUCGCUGUUGUAGGACUUGUGGGUGGUGGUGCUUAUGGCGUCUGGUAUUGGAAAAAGAAAAGAGAUGAGAAGCUGGAUAACAGUAUCCAACAUGUUGAAAUUGUUGAAAAUAAGCAACAUCAAAUAAAACUCCGAAUGAAAGUCAAACCUUCGUCUUAUAACAUCAAUGCAACUCCUCGUUGUGUCGUUUAUGAAGUUGAAGAGAAUAAGGUGGAGAAAAUCGAACUUGAAGAAGUUCAUGAAAAAGUGGACGAAAAGGUAUCGACGAAAAAAAUUUCAAGUUUACCAAAGAAGCAACAAAAAAUAGUCAAAGAUGCAAAUGAAAUUGCGGGAGGACAAAAGACCGUGAAUACCGGGUUCGAAGCUUUGGCAGGUGAUCAGAUCAAACAACAUACCAAACGCCGUACUGUAGCUUUUAUGCAAGGAGUUAGAGACGAAACAUUUGUGGACGAGUAUUAUCCGUGCUCAGACCCUUUGACAGUUGUCAAAUCUUCUCAGGAAAUACUCUGUGGAGAAGGUAUCGACGUUUACGAUGAAAGGGAGCAGGCGACUGAUAACACUCUUGAUUUGACACAAAUUGAUAGUACCAUAGUCGACGAACUGAAUAAGAAGAGAAGCGAUCUUCAGCUUGACACAACUCAAAAAGGAGAAGGUUUCGAAUCAUCGCAAAAACGAAUCAACGCUGCUAUACAAGAGUUCUCCACGAAGAACCCACGAAAGCCAAAAGAGGAUGUAAACAAACGAAAAGAUGGUGGUGCUGAUAAGAAAAAGAACUCGGGUCAAAACAAAACUGACGACAAGAAAAAUCAACCAAAAAACAGCCAUGGUAAAAACGGGAAGAAGAGCAAGAGCGGAAAUACGAAAGGAUCGAAAAAGAAUAGUAUAGGAACCAAGAAGAAAAAGAGAAUGUCUCCGCUCAAACGAGUUAACAUUGAUCCUAAACAAGUUCAUUUGAAAAUGAGGCCUUUGCAAAAAUCCGAUGAACAAAUGCAACAAGAAGACAAUUCUAGAGAAAAGUGUCCACGUUUUCCCCUCGAUAUCCUCACAAACGGAGAAAUGGAUUAUGUGAAAAUUGCCUCGGAGUUAACCUCAAAAGAAUUCUUGACGAUAAAGAAAUUUCCACAUGUCGAAAAUGGAAUAACUUACAGGAAUCCAUUCGAACCUGAACAAGUCAUAAGCACCUGCGACAAAGUGGCAGAUUACAUGAACAAUUCUGAAAAUGACUACCUUACGCUUGAUCGAGAGAACACCAUGGUCAUUACCGAUAUUCAUGGAGAAAUUCGCGAUCUAAUGUAUCAUAUUAACAUGGCAUUGGACAUCCCGGGAAUAACGGUAUUAGCUACAGGAGACUAUGGAGAUCGCGGAGACCGAAGUAUUUGUGUUUUAAUGGCUAUUUGUUCUCUUAAACUUCUUAAUCCGAGAAAGUUUUACUUCACAAGUGGAAAUCAUGAGACUCCGUUUAUCAAUAUCGUUUACGGAUUAUUUGAUGAAAGUAUCGAAAGUUUUGGAGAAGCGAAAGGUCGAUUGGUCUGGGAAGCGGCUAAUCGAAUGUUCAAAGCCAUGCCGAUGUGCUCUUUUCUUCAAAAAAGAGUUUAUUGUGCACACGGAGGAGUGUUCGAGCAGAUGUUAAAAGGACUUGAUGAGGCAUUGAAACUGAUCAAAAGAACCCCAGAAAACGAAGAGCAAGCAAUUGUUAGUGAAACUAUGAAGUGGGCAGACACUAUUGAAGACUUUCAGUUGGACCCUAAGCAACCCAAUGAUUUUCAAUACGGCAAUAGAGGAGGGGAUUAUAUCAAGAAUUUCGCAAUGCUAGGCGUGCUUCGUGCCAUGAUUGCAUGCUGUUUAAUUUUGUGUUUGAGAGGACAUCAAGUAAUGCAAUAUGGUAUUCAACCAUUUGCUGGAACUAAAUGCUUUACCGUCUACAGUUCUAACAACAAAGGAUACACGAACUGGUCCACCAAUGUAAUUUUCAAUAGAGGGAAUAUAUUAACCAUCAACCGCUUUAUCAAGCCUGAAUAUAUCAAUCAAAAUGUUUCUGAUAUCCCUGACGGUGAUGCAACGCUGCCUGCAGAAUAA